AUGAGUGACAAUCAAUUUUUAGAACAGUUGGAGCAAACUUUAUCUGUGAUUUUAUCUCCAGAUAGUAAGGCUAUUAAACAGGCCACAGAGCAGUUAAAGAAGCAGUUUUAUCCUAACACUGGGGCCCUCCCAGCUUUAAUUCACAUUUUGCAAAAUUCCGGAAAUGAUGGUAUUAAGCAGUUAGCUGCCGUUGAAGCUAAAAAGCUCAUUAGUAAACAAUGGGAAAAACAGGAUCCUUCACUUCAGCAGCAGAUAAGGGAUUCAUUGCUACAGUUUGCAUUCACAUACCCAUCAAAGAAUAUUAGGCAUUCUACUGCUCGUAUUGUUGCAGCUAUUGCCGAUAUUGAUUUGCCUGAAAAACACUGGGACGGACUUUUACCAGCACUUGUUUCGGGCGCCCAGAAUCAACAGGUGCAAACGAGGGAAAUGGCUACGUUCAUUAUUUUGUGCGUUUUGGAAAACUUUCCUUUGGAGUGGUUGGGACAAACCCCAAGCUUUUUGGAUCUCUUUGGUCAUACUUUGCAAGAUUCGGAAAGCAUUGAAGUUCGUACGACGUCGAUGUCAGCUUUGGAGGUGAUCUCUUCGUACAUCGAGGAGGAUGAUAAGUUGAUCGAAUCACUCGGUGACAAGUUCCAGAAUCUGCUUACCGUUAUGAUCACAAUUCUUAAAGACAGUAUAGGAAUGGGUAAACAGGGCUCAUCUGCAAGUGACCCGGACUUUACGAAGGAUAUGUUUACGUCAUUCAACAGCUUUGUUUUGCUUGACAUGCGUUUGUUGGGAAAUCAUUUCUUUGAGAUUAUCAAGUUGAUGGUGGAUGUUAUGAUGGCAAGCUCUCUUGACAACGAGAUCAGAGACUUUGCCUUGCAGACUCUUAUUGAAUCUGUUUCAUACAGAAAGACAAAGAUCAUACAGGCUAAGUUGGGACCGCAACUUGUCGAAUGUGCUCUCCGUGUGGCAUGUGAGGCUGAUAAAGAUGAUGUUGAGGCAGCUUUGGAUUCCGAGGAUGAGGAAAAUGAGAAUGAGGAGGACGAUCCAGCUUCAUUAGCUCUUCACUUGAUCAACAUGUUGGCUAUUAAUUUGCCUCCUCAGCAAGUUAUUCAACCUGUUGUUAAGGCAGCACCAGCAAUGCUUUCAUCACAGGAUCCAUUUGAAAGGAGAGCGGCUCUUCUUGCCAUUGGUAUUUCCAGUGAAGGUGCACCUGAUUACUUCUGCUCGGUCUUGGACAAGGUUAUACAAAUCGUUGUUGCAGGUUUGAAGGACUCCUCAUUGGUUGUUCAAGCAGCUGCAUUGAGAAUGCUUUCACAACUUGUGGAGGAUCUUAAGGAUUCAGUGGCGGACUACCACUCUCAACUUAUGGGCCCCAUCAUCAACAUCAUUGAUCAUACAGAUAAGAUUCUCGUGUACAAGUAUGCAACUUAUGCCUUGGACACUUUAGUUGAGUACAUGGGUAGUUCGGACGUGAAGCAGUACAUGGAACCAUUAAUGAACAAGCUUUUCCAGAUGCUUGAGAGAGCACAAAGUUCUUCCUUGAAGUCAGCAAUCGUUUCUGCAAUUGGAUCCGUCGCUUAUGCAGCUGGAAUUUCAUUUAAGCCAUACUUCAAUCCUUCCAUCAAGUUUCUAUCGCAGUUCAUUAGCAACAUUGAUAAUAUAGAAGGCAUGACUGAAGACGAUAUUGAAUUGCGUGCCCAGACUUUCGAGAACAUUUCCUCCAUGGCAAGAGCAGUUAGAUCAGAGGUCUUUGCUCCUUAUGCGGAAUCAUUCAUCAAUGCUGCUUAUAGUGCCAUAAACUCUACCAGCGGUAGACUUCGUGAAGCAGGAUUUGCAUUCAUUUCCAACAUUGCUAAGGUGUAUGGCUUCCAGUUUGGCGGUCCAUUUUUGGAAAAGAUUGUUCCACGUAUUUGCGAAUGCUUGAAGCAGAACGAGUUUGAUAUUGUGGAUGAUGAAAAUUUGGAUUCCAACGAAGAGCUAUCGGCUGAAGACUUGGAGGAACAUUUUAACGUUCAUACUGGUGUUACAGUUGAAAAACAGGUGGCUCUUGUUGCAUUGAAUGAACUAGCUACUGCUACCGGAGCAGAGUUUACACCAUUUGUUCCAAAGGUAGUCGAGACUCUUCUGUCCCAGAUUGAUCAUUCAUAUGCUAUCCGUGAAGCCGCAUUCUCAUCGUUAUGGAAAAUUGUUUAUUCAAUGUACAAAGUGCAUGGACCUAGUAAUGACACUGUGCUUGCAUUGAUCACAAAGGCUCGUGAUGUUACGGCUAAAACACUUCCAGAUGAAUAUGAUACAUCCAUGGUUUUAUCCUGCCUUGACUGCUUAGCAGAGUAUAUCAAGUCCAUGGGAAGAAUUGCUGUUGUAGAUGCGAAAGACCAGGAAUCUCUUCCUUCGAUAUGUGGACAGCUUGCUCUUUUGAUCAAGGGUGAACACAUCUCACAGGAGUUAGACAAGGAUGAGGAUGUUCCAAGUGACGAGAUAGACUCUUCUGAAACUGAGGCUGCUGUUUAUGAUUCCUCUCUUGAAGUGCUUGUUUCUCUUUCGCAUGCCUUCGGCGAAAACUUCCACCAGCUUUUCAAUCCAUUUAAACAACUAGUGCUUGCACAGGCAAAUUCGAAGGAUAAAGCCAAGAGAGUUUCUUGCCUUGGCUGCUUGGCGGAGAUCAGCAACAACAUGGCUGGCUCUAAUCCAUAUGCACAGGAAUUCCUCCAGUUGUUUGUUGAAAAGCUCACCUCAGAUCUAUCUACUGAAGUCAGAGGAAAUGCAGCUUACGGUGUUGGUGUUGUGAUUGCUACAUCUUCAGGAUUUGACACAACAUCUGCUUAUGGACCUGUUCUUCAUACUCUUUCUAAGAUUCUUGCUACUCCAGACACGGACUUCAAGAACGAGGAUGGUGAUGACGAAACAAAGGAAGUUAUCAACAGAACAAUCGCCAAUGCUUGUGGCUGUGCUUCUAGAAUGGCUCUUAAGAAUCUCCAAGCUGCUUCCAUAAAUGACAUUCUUCCAGUCAUGCUUGCACGCUUACCUUUACAGACUGCAUUCGAAGAGAAUAAGCCAAUAUUUGAUUUGAUCAUGAAAUUAUACGGCGAUGGAAAUGAGCUUAUUCUUAACUCUACUCCAAAAAUCGUUGACAUUUUCGCAGAGGUGUUCCAGAAGGAGGCAGAUAAAGAUAAAUUAAUCAAUGAAUCAACAUUGGGCCGUGAAGAGAACGUCGACAGACUUAACCAAUUCGAUUCUAAUGAGACUAAACUUAAGGUGGUCGAACUCCUUAAGUUCUUGGAGGGAAAGUAUCCGGGAAGUGUUAGUUCCAAGCCCGUUUUGAAGGCAGCUUUGAGUUAG